CAAAAAAAAAACCCAGAUUCCAAAUUGCCGGAAUAUCAAAACCCAGAUUCCAUUUCCCCGGAAAAUCAAAACCCAGUUCGAGAAUGCACGAUUUCUGCUUCACUAUCCCGUACGGGAUGCUAUUGAUGGUCGGAGGAUUUAUCGGAUAUUUGAAGAAAGGAAGUUUUGCAUCUCUCGCCGGAGGAGCAGGCACUGGAUUGCUUGUCGUCCUCGCUGGUUUCAUCAGCCUUAAAGCUUUCGAGAAGAAGAAGACUUCCUCACUCGCUACUCUUCUCGAAACAGUCAUUGCAGCUGCUCUCACAUUUGUCAUGGGACAACGUUUCUUGCAAACUCAGAAGAUUAUACCGGCUGGUUUGGUUGCUGGAAUCAGUGCUCUCAUGACUUGUUUCUACGUAUUCAAGAUCGCGACUGGCGGCAACCACAUACCACCGAAAGCUGAAUGAUAGUGUUAUGUACUCCGGUUGUCGAUGGGGCAUACUAUAUCUCCUCCAUUGUUGAAAUAAGGUAUAUGAAUUUUCGAUUUGCAAAUCAGGAUAGUGUAGAUAAAGCUGUUUUGAUUACGCCUUAAAGGUUUGUUUAUCUUGGUCCCUAGGCGAACAUGGUUUUUCGUCUGAGAUUUUUAGUUCCUAAUGUAAGAAUCUCUUGCAUAAAUCUAAUUUGUAUUU